GACGCUGCUGCCAGCGAAGGCAGCGGCUGCGGGAGCUGCGGGGGCUGCGGCGGCCGCAUCCAGCCCCGACAGCUGCGGGAGAAGGGCUGGAAGGGUCCCCAGCUCCGUGCCGAUCCCUCCGCGGGGCAGGCAGCAGCCAUGACCCAGGGGAAGCUCUCUGUGAACAACAAACCCCCCAGCUCUGAGGGGCAGGGGGACAAGAAGGACAAUGCCACAGCCCCCCCGGCUCCCCCGUCCUACGAGGAGGCGACAGCAGGAGAAGGGAUGAAAGCCGGAGCUUUUCCUUCCCCGCCUGCGGCCCCGCUCCACCCCAGCUGGGCUUACGUGGAUCCCAGCACCAGCCCGAGCUACGGCAGCGGGGGGUACCCGGGGGACACGGAGCUGCUCACCACCUUCAGCUGGGACGACCGCAACGUGCGCAGGGUGUUCAUCAGGAAGGUUUAUGCCAUCCUGAUGGUCCAGCUCCUGGUCACCGUUGUCAUCGUGGCUUUCUUCACCUUCUGUGAACCAGUCAAGGGCUACAUCCAGACCCACUCUGCCUGGUACUGGGCUUCCUACGCCGUUUUCUUCGUCACCUACCUGAUCCUCGCCUGCUGCUCCGGGCCCAGGAGAUACUUCCCAUGGAAUCUAAUCCUGCUCAGCAUCUUUACCCUGUCCAUGGCCUAUCUCACUGCCAUGCUCUCCAGUUACUACAACACCAAGUCAGUGCUGCUGUGCCUGGGGAUCACGGCCCUGGUCUGUCUGUCUGUCACCAUCUUCAGCUUCCAGAGCAAGUUCGACUUCACCUCGUACCAGGGCGUUCUCUUCGUGCUGCUCAUGGUGCUGUUCCUGGGCGGGCUGGUCCUGGCUGUCAUCCUGCCCUACCAAUACGUCCCGUGGCUCCACGCGAUCUACGCUCUGCUCGGGGCUGGGAUCUUCACCAUGUUCCUGGCCCUGGACACGCAGAUGCUGAUGGGGAACCGCCGGUACUCGCUGAGCCCCGAGGAAUACAUCUUUGGAGCCCUCAACAUCUACCUGGACAUCAUCUACAUCUUCUCCUUCUUUCUGCAGUUCUUUGGCUCCAGCCAGGAGUGAGGGCAGCAGGGCAGGAUGCUCCCUGUGCUGGCAAAUGUGAGGGGUUAAAUUGAAAAGCAGAGGUGAAAGGGUUCAAACCCGCCAGCCUGACCCAGUCCCUCCCUUUCUGGUCCAUCUGAGGAGCCCCAGGCCCCUCCUGCAGCUUUGUACAUUUGCUGCCAGGCCUUUGUGACCCAGAGAGCAAAGCAGGGCUUCAGUGUCGUGUCCCUUCUGCUCCCCCCAGUCCCAGCCCAAACCAGUCCAGAGGCUGGGGCAGAGACGGGACCUUCCUGGCCCCAGGGGCUGCUGGAGGUGCCCUCUGAGUGCUGCCCAUCAUGGGCUGAAAGUGCUGUGACAAAACAGCAGAGAGGGCAGCAGAGCAGGGAGUUUGGUUAGAUCCUGGCAGGAAAAGCAGCUGAGCCGAGGGAAAAGCCUUGGGGAAUCCUGGCAUUGCCCUGUUUCCCACAAUCCACUGGAGCUUGGUGGCCUCUGUGCUAUUCCUGGUGACUCCUGCUGUUGGAAAGGUGGAGUGUGGGAUCACGUAGCUGGAUUUCAGUGCUCCAGGCACAGGAACCUGUUUGUUCAGGACGUGCAGCUCUCUGAGGUCAUCCCUGGUGCCACUGCAGAAAAAAUUCCCCUGGAUCCCUUGCAUCUGGCUGAGUGUCCUUCCCUUCCCUUCCCUUCCCUUCCCUUCCCUUCCCUUCCCUUCCCUUCCC